AACAACAACACUAAAAUGUAAUACACAAUAAACACUGUUUUUUAAUAAUAAUAAUAAUUUAUUAAUACUUAACAUAUUAAAUGUAAAAAACAUAUUUAAAAAAAAAAAAAUAAAAAUUGUGUUAUCUUGAUGAAAACAAUUAUUGAUAGACAAACACUGAAUCUGAUUAUCAAUUGGAGACAACAAAGACAACAACAACAACAACAAGAAGAAGAAGAAACACAACAACAAUCAUCAACUGCAGUGAUGACCACUACCGACGAGGAGGACCCGACGGUAUCGAUUACCGUUAGUCCACCGCCGCCCGACUCGACCACCACAACGGCCGAUGAUACGACGACAACGACCGCCACUUCUAGCGACGAAACUAUGUCUUCUUCUUCGGCCACCGCAGCGACAGUGGCCAAUGAUGACGAUGAUGAUGACCUAUCGCCAGACGACAGCGAUAUCGAUAUCAUCGAAUUGGACGAACUGGACGCCAGUACUGCCGAUGAUGACGACGACGAUGUUGAAGUGGAUAAACACAAUAGUGUCCACAAUGGCGAUGAUGAGGACGAUGAUGACGAUGACGAUGAUAACGACGACCAACUGUCCACUGCUAGCCUGUGCUCGAGUUCAGUAGUCUCGCAGGUAUCGGAUCUAUCGUUUCUGAGAGACCAAUAUCUUCGCCAACACUUACUAUCGCCUAACGAUUCACUUAACGAAGAUCUAUCCGAGACGUCGAGUCUCAACUAUCGCGAGCUGACUACCGAAGUCCAGCUAAAACGCGGCACUCGGGCCUACGUACACACCCGUAAUUCGGGACUGAAUGGCAAAUUGAAUCUCGUAUUGAUUUUAUCGCUAUCGGCCGUCAUUGGACUGGGCAUUGGCCACUUUAUUGGCUGGUCAAACAAUCGACAUCAUCAGCACAGGCAUCUGUCGAUGGGUCAGGUAAUCAAAUUGAAACAAUUGCAGGACGAACUGGUAGUCUGUAUGGAUAACCAGCAAAUUACUGGCAGCCAUCAGACCAAUGGCCAGUCGGCACUGGUCUGCCAUUCGGAUGGCGACUAUUUUCGCCAGAAAUUUGAGACAUUAUUUUCGGAAAACAAGUAUCUGUUGGACGCCUUCGAGCGCACUCAACAGCACUAUCAUUCCGAUGGCGAUCUUCGCAAUAUUAUUGCCGACAAAGAGUGCGACAAUGAGACGGCUGGCGAAGAGUUUCAUAAACUAAAGCUCGGAUUUCUGGUCACCCAAAUGGAACACUUGCAGUUGUUGAAAACUCUGGAAGAAGUUAAAUCUAAGGGCAAACAAAGCGAACAACGUGUCAAAGAUCUGGAAGAAGAGAAUAGCGAACUGAAAAUGAAAUUAGUUGAAGAAGAAGAAGACGAUCAGCAGAUUGUCGAGUCGUGGGGCAAUCGGGUGGCGAUUCUUGAAACAGAAAAUCAGGAACUGAGGACCAGACUGGAGGACGACGAAGAAGAAGAUUCUGUUGUACUUAAGCGUCUGAAUGACAAAAUCGAUGAAUUGAUGCAGGAAAACGAAGAGCUUAAGGCUGCCAUUAAUCAAUUGGAGGCACAGGUUGUCAAUGUUGUUGGCCAUACUAUAUCCGCCGGUGAGGAGGAGGAGGAGGCGGAAGGCGUGUCAAUAUCCAGCCAAUCGUCAAGAAUUGAUCACAACAUUCGAAAUGGUGGUAGUGGUGGUGCCAGAGAUAAUGGUGCCGAUAUUAAAAUGCCAGUCAAAUUGGAUCUAUUGAAACAACGUAUCAAUCAGAUGAUCAUCGAAAAUGAUGAACUAAAGUCAACGAUAGGUCGACUGAGAUGGACAACACAGGAACAGCCGCCGCCGCCGCCGUCGAGCGAUGAUGACUUGAUUGACGAGGAAGACAUUGAUGACGAAACAAAGUACGUUAAUAGUAUCGUUGACGACUACAGUAGUAGUUAUAGUAGUAACGAGUUGGCUGAAGAGUUGUUGGCUCAACAACUGGAAGAACAGUUAACUGAAUUGAAAGAUCAGUUGAUUUCAGAACAAUUGGAGUCGAAGAAGUGGCGCCAAAUGUAUGAGUCGUUGAAGAAGACUGAAAAGUCUGAUAAUUCCAAUACAAAUAAUGGAAAUUCAAAGAAUCAGAAGACGUUAUAUGAAAAUACCAAUUAUGAUGACUUCGUCGACGACGACGAUAAUGUACUAUACGAUUGGGUAAUGAAUUCGACUAAUAUGGUUAAAGAAGCACUGGUUACCGGUUCGGGUAUUGUAUCCGACAAAUUGAAGACAUUGUAUACGAAGAUGACGUCGGAAAACGAGUCGUUUAUACCAUCGGAAGUGUUCGCCGGUCUUAAUAUAACUCAUUCAGUACUACAGAGUUUCAAUAGACGAUUGCAUGAUAAGUGGCAAGAGUUACAGGACAUGAAAUUUGCAUUUACUUCUACUAACGGCGGCGGCGGCCGCAGCGGCGCCGGCAGUGAUUCGGGUGGUAGUGGUCACGAAAAAGUGGCCAACAAAAUGGCCCGACUUUUUCAGCAAACCGUCCGUAAGCUGCGCGAAGCAGGAAACAGAUUGUUGUCUAAAGAGGAGAAACUUCGUACACGUGUCGACCAAUUUGCCGCACGUAUUGCCAAAGUUAUUGACAAAAUGGACAACAAGUGGAAUCAAUUGUUGGACAAAUUGGCCAAACGGUAUUCAAAAAAUGGAGCCAACAGUGGUAGUGGUGGGGCUUCUGCUAGUGAUAAUGAUGAUGGAAGCGAUAAGAAGAAAAAGGGUGACGACGAAGAAAAGAUCAAUUGGUUUUUUGAACGGGCAAACAGUCGCCGACAACAACAUCAACAGCACUAUUCGUUUACCGGCACAACGGGUUCGGAGGACAUUGGCGACGGAAGUUAUAGAGCGUACCGACGCGAGAGUUACCACAAAUCACGGGUUAACAACGGCAAGGUCAGGGUCCAUAUCAACAUCAAUGAUGUUGAUGGCGAUGAGGAUGAUAGUACUGCUGAUUAUCAAUCGGUGGUAACCGAUAACUACGACAACAGUGAGCUUAAAGGCGAUUUYGAGACGAUCAUCGAUAAUGAUGACGAUGUGGAUGACGAUAACGACAAUAAUAAUCUUAAUAAUAAUAAUAAUAAUAAUGACAAUUGGUUUCUGAAAAAGUCGCGCAAACCCCGAAUGGCGUCGUUCUACGAUUGGGACGGUUUACGGGCUAAUCAUCGACAAUAUCGACGAUUGAAGCAUAGAUCUAAUGGUCGUCGCUAUCAUCAUAACCACCAGUUCGGCGACGAAACACACUAUAGAUUUUAUCAACACUCGCGCCAGAGGUAGUGUGUGUGUGGGAGAGGGGAACGGUAGGCAGCGAAACCUGUAGUGGUGGACAACCUGUAUGUUUGUAUCAUAUAUUUUUCGUGAAGCAUUUUUUUUGUUUAUAUUUUUUUCAAUUGUUUUUUUCGGGAGGUUUUUAUCUAUCGCUCCCAAUUGAUUUAUUUUCUAAACUUUUUGUUUGACUAUCACUUUAUAGUGUAUUAUAUAUCUAUAUAU